GCGAGGGCUCUACGGGUGCCGAGAGGAGGGCGCGCGCCCAUCCUUGUAGCACCGCGAGAGGCGCCGGUGUCCCUAGCCGUGGCACCGGCAUCUGCUGAGGCUGCUCCCUCCGACUCGUCCUUUCUUCUUUCGUUCCCCUUCCCUUCUUCACCUCGCACCUUAGAGGAGCGUGAACAGCUUGCCUGAGGCCUAUAAAGACCGGGCAGUUUGGACAUGGAAAAUCAAGAAGCAACAGAUUCUACUCAGAAUGUCAAACAGUGUAUUAUUUCAGAGGAGUUAAUUUCAGAAGGAAAAUGGGUCAAGCUUGAAAAAACAACUUACCUGGAUCCUACUGGUAAAACUCGAACCUGGGAAACAGUGAAACGUACAACCAAGAAGGCACAGUCCGCCGAUGGUGUAGCGGUCAUCCCGGUGCUGCAAAGAACUCUUCACUAUGAGUGUAUAGUUCUGGUGAAACAGUUCCGGCCGCCAAUGGGAGGCUACUGUCUCGAGUUCCCGGCAGGUCUCAUAGACGACGGUGAAAGCCCAGAAGCAGCUGCGCUCCGGGAGCUGGAGGAGGAGACGGGCUACAAAGGUGACAUUGCUGAGUGCUCUCCAGCUGUAUGUAUGGAUCCAGGCUUGUCCAACUGCACCACCCACAUAGUGACAGUAACCAUUAAUGGAGAUGAUGCCGAGAACGUCAGACCGAAGCCGAAGCCAGGAGAAGGAGAAUUUGUGGAAGUCAUUUCUUUACCAAAGAACGACCUGCUCAAGAGACUUGAUGCUCUGAUAGCCGAAGAACAUCUCACAGUGGAUGCCAGGGUCUACUCCUAUGCUCUGGCACUGAAACACGCAAACACGAAGCCAUUUGAAGUGCCCUUCCUGAAAUUUUAAGGCCAAAGAGGACACUGGCCAUGUCUUUGUAAACGAGACCACCAGGCCUUCACUGAGACUUUGUAUUCAACUUAGUUGACUGUAGAUUUGAACUUAGUUUUUUCAUAAAAUAAAAGCAGCAGAAUGCA